AUGGGAUCCGUUCAGCUAUCCGUCGAGAGCGCUCUUGCGCAGAUGGCGGUUGCAGUCCAGCGGGGAGAAUUUGUGGAGGCUGCCAACAUUGGAAACGAAGCAAGCAUCCCCCUGGGGGUGGCAAAGGCUGAUUUGCACCUCGCAAAGACGCUGCACCGCGGGCAGCAGGGUAGCGUGCUGCAGGGCACUUUUCAGACCGAGGAGUACAUGCUGGUCAUGCCCCUGGAAGGAGACAACCUCGCCACGAAGCUGCAUGAGCAGGGGUGGCGUCCCAGCUGGCAGGAGGUGGUGCGGCUCUCUUUGGACCUGGCCAGCGCUGUGGCCGCUGUGCAUGCGGCCGGCAUCCUACACCGAGACAUCAAGGCCUCCAACGUCAUGCUCGGGGCUGAUGGGAGCGCCAUACUGGGGGACUUCGGCAUUGCUGAGCUGGCGGAUGUGCUGGCGGAGGAGCAGGCCGACAGGUCCAAUCUCAUACGCCGGGGCAAACCUUCCGGCGGCUUCCACAAACGCCACCUGGUGGGCACACUGGAGUACAUGGCGCCAGAGGUACUGCUGAAGGAGCCCACCACGGCUGCAUCGGAUGUUUACGCGUGGGCGGUGACGGUGAAUGAGCUGGCUACUGGGGUGUUCCCUUUCUCUGACUGCAACAAGGACAACCCCCAAUGCCAGACCAUCCUCAACUUUGGCUACGGCAGGCGCGCCACUUACGGAACGGUGGGAGUCAAGUAUUACAUAUCGGCCCUGAUGGCCGGCUUUCAGGUCCAUAAAGGACCACCGGUCACCGGAAUGCAAGAGCUGGCGGCGGCGGUGGCGGCAGAAGGCCUGCGGCCAAUUCUGGCACCAGACACUCCAAGGGAGCUGGCAGCGCUGCUGGAAGCUGCCUGGCAGCUUCAGCCGGCUGCACGUCCGGCCGCCGUGCAGUUGGAGGCCCAGCUGGGCGCUCUGCUGAGCCGCAUGGAAGCUGCGCCGGCAGCUGCAAUAAAAGAUGAUGCCAAUGCCGCAAACGGCCAUGGCCCUCACAUUGACAGCCCGCCCUUCCAUAUCGGUAAUGCCACAUGUGUAGGAAUAUUUGACGGCCACCGAGGGCGGCAGACGGCGGAGUUUGCGGCGCAGCACUUUCCGGGUUUCCUGCAGCGGGAGUGGCACAGGGACAGCGCAGAAGCAGCUCUGCAGGCGGCUUUCUUGGCCCUUGAUGACGCGUUCAGGCGGCAACAGGAUGCGGAGUGGGCGGAGCGGGUGGGCCGCAUGGGUGUGGCGGCUGCCGGGGAACGCCCCUGGCCGGGCUGCACCGCUAUUGUGAUAUUAAUCCAUGCCGGGCACCUCUACGUCGCCAACGCCGGAGACUGCCGCGCCGUGCUGUGCCGACAGGGGGGCGCUGUGGCGCUGAGCACGGAUCAGACAGCGGAGCGGGAGGAUGAGCGGCAGCGCAUAAUAUCGGCGGGCGGCCACGUGCACUUCAGGGUUGACAGCUGGCGCGUCGGCAAGGCCGGCAUCCAAGUCUCCAGGUCACUGGGGGAUGCAGAUCUUAAAGCAGAGGGGCUGACAGCGCUGCCAGAGGUGACAGGCAGGGCGCUGGACGAGCAAGAUCUGUUUGUGGUGGCGGCCAGCGACGGUUUCUGGGACAAGGUCGACAACACCGAGGCCGUCAACAUGGUGCACGACACAGUGAAGGAGCCUUCGAUGAGCGCCAAGCGGCUUGCGACAGAGGCGCUGACGCGCGGAUCGGCUGACAACAUCACCGUGAUAGUGGCCUUCCUGCAGCCGGUCAGCACCCUGGAGCAGAUCUACGCCAAUGGCCGCCAGAAAUAUGCGCCACACCAGAUGUUUGUCGGUCCCAACCGGGCCGUUAAGCCCUCCACCUACCAGCCCGCCAGCGCGGAUGAGUUGCGGGACACCUAUUGAGAGACUCGUGGAGACAACUAAUUUGUCAGGAUUCGAACUCAGGAUCAAAAUUUUAAGUUCGUGAAAUGAGCUCUCGAGAUUUACUUCUAUGGUGAGGAAAGGUGACAGCGUGUUGCAUGGAGCAUGCAAAGACUUGGGAGGAGCGCAGAUGCUGUGCGUUCAUUCUGAGUACUGAGUCUGAAAGUUCAAGAGGUUCAGGCAUGAGAUAUUAUUUGGGCUGCAAGCAGAGUCUGCUUGGCCUGGCCCCAAUUCUUUACAGUAUACAAUUAAUCCAGAUACUUUUGCCGGUCCAGACUCGCUCUUGAGCCGGUGUCACGCAAUCUUGAUGGAGAGCUUUAGAGCUGCAACAAUGUAUGAUGCAACGCUAGGAUUGCCCCAAGUUAUUUCACAGUCUGUACAGUAGACUACAGUAGCACACCCAGUGUGUCCCAACAGAAAAAAUGAACUGGAUUUGUUAUUCUACAAAAUAAAUCACGAAUCAAUGUGUCAACGUUGAUGGC